GCGCUUGCAGUACUUGUGGAGGAAAAGACAGCGGUACAGUCGGAAAUGCGCAAAGUGAAGAGUGAUUUGGAACAAGAACGUAUUUUGAAUGAGAGUCUUUCAUCGAGUCUCAAGUCCCUGCAAGACAACGAGUCCAAGAAACUCCAACAUCGUCUGCAAGAAUGCGAAAGGCUUCUUACCGCACGCAGCACGGAACUGGAUGGUUUGAGAAAGAGCGAAGCUAAUGCACAAGCUCAAUUGCUUGCUGUGCAGCAUGAAAGGAGCGAGGCUCAGGCCCGUUUGAAAGUGACAGCUCGUGAGAAAGAUCAGCUGGAAGCGGAGCUCAAAGCAGUUAGGAAAAAUUUACAUAUGAAAGAGAUUUAUCUGAAACAACUGGGUCCACAUGGGAUAGUGAAUAACGCAAAUGAUGAGAGUGCAAUUAAAGCACUGCAUGACCGCAUUGAUACCCUUCAAAAUCAAGUCAGUUUGUUGACAAAAGAAAGAGAUCAGCUUCAUCAGAAUACGGCGGAAUUAAGCAGGCACUAUGAGACCUGUAGGCUAGAAUUUGUAAACACGCGAAGUAGAAUUGAAACUGAGCUGUCCGAAGCAUCCUCAGCCCGCGAUGCUGCACUUUUACGUGUGAGAGAGCUGGAGAAUGACAUCAGUGUGCUGCAGAAGAUUCAUUUUCUUGUUGCUCCUUUAGCACCGAAGAAUAUUUGUCUGAAUAUCUUUUUCCUUCCAUAA